AUGGCAGGGGAAUCUACCAAAGUCACCAAGAGCCCGAUGAACUGGCACAAUCUGGGACUUUGCUUCGCCAUUUCCUGGGGCCUCGUGGUGUUUGGCUAUCCCUCGGCAAUCAUUGGUACAACACUCGGAGAGCCUUCCUUUUUGAUAUACAUGGGCCUCCUGGAUCCCACCACCGGGAAACUCGUCGGCAAUGCCAAUGGGCUGAUCGGAGCUAUGUCGGGUGUCUUUCAGGCCGGAGCUGCCCUUGGUGUUUUCCUUGUCUGCUUCUCCAUGGACCGCUGGGGUCGAAAGGCUGGGGUGUACUGUUGCUGCGCCUUUUCGAUGCUAGGAGGUAUCCUCCUCACUGCCUCUCAAGGUGUCGCCAUGUUCAUCGUUGCGCGGUUCUUUGCCGGUGUCGGCUCCUGGGGCUUCCUUGCCGUUGCACCGGUAUAUGCAUCAGAACUGGCUCCUCCAAAUCUACGGGGUUUCUUUGUCGGGCUGACCGGUGUGAACGCUGCGUUUGGAUAUGCUCUCGCAUCAUACAUGGGUCUCGCCUUCUAUUAUGACCACAAUCAGGAGGCUCAAUGGCGUGCUCCCUUGGGUCUUGCUCUAAUCUGGCCAGCAAGUUACAUCUUCCUGCAAUCACCUAGGUGGCUCUUGCUCAAUCACAGGCUCGAUGAAGCUAGAAAGAUUGUCUUUCGUCUUCACUUCAACAAGUCUGAUCCGGAGCAUGAGUACGCGCAGGAGGAGUUUUUCCAAAUGCGAAAACAAAUGGAGAUGGACAAAACUCUUCCAUCUGCUUGGCUCGACCUGUUCCGAUUGCCUAGCUAUCGAAAACGUACACUUCUGGGCAUGCUCUUCGCCUUUUCUGGCCAGAGCACUGGAGUCCUGGUUCUAAACAACUAUGGACCUACCAUCUAUGGCUUGCUAGGCUAUGGAACUAGGGACCAACUCGCGCUGCAGUGUGGAUGGAUCACAGUCAACAUCGUCGGUGCUCUAUUUUGCUCGUCCGUCAUGGACUAUUUUGGAAGGCGCAAGCUUGUCUUGAUUGGACUUGCUGGUUGUGUCAUAUUCUUGUGCAUCCAGUCCGCCAUGAUAGCUGAGUUUGCAAACAGCGGCACCAACAAAGCAGGCCUAAGGAUGGGUGUUGCUUGUUCAUAUAUCUUCUUAGCAUUCUACAGCCUGUUCGACACCGCCGGCUUCGUCUUUUACGCCGAACUGUUCCCCAACCACAUGCGUGCCAAGGGACUCUCUGUUAUCGUGUGUACCAUCGCCUUGACUGACCUUGUCUACCUUCAAGUCUCGGCGACGGCUUUCGCAAACAUUGGUUGGAAAUUUUACCUGGUGUUUAUCUGCGCCGCGACGGUCGGUGCCACAGGCUUGUAUUUCUUGCUUCCGGAGACCAGUGGAAUACCACUGGAAGAGAUGGCAAAGAUAUUCGGCGUCACAGAUCAAGUGGCAGUAUAUCUCAAAGAUGUCCAUGUCGAUCAGAACACCCACGAAGUCGUUGUUACUGGUGAACAUGGGAUAUCGACUGUCGGAGGUGUUGCGGACACUAAGGCUGGAGGAGAUGUUGAGAAGGAAGCCAGACCUGAAACGGAGCAUUUUGACAUGUAA